AUGGCGCCCAGGACGUAUCUUACCACUGACUUGAGGCAUCUGCCCAAGCCGCGCCCCCUGAAGCCCGGUGAAGCACUCCUCGUCCGGUACAAAAACUCGUUGCGGCAAUACAAGGCAGACGUCUGGAUUGGCAUCGUGCUUCCUGACAAAUUCGGCCCAAGCAGACACAUCAAUCGCCGCCCUGUUGGUGCACAACCAGCUGAGGGUCCUUGGAAGACGCACCCGAAAGACCGCGUUUACUCCAUUUAUCUGCCAGGGCGAAACAUGUACAAAUGGAUCGGACUCCAGGAUAUCUUUGUUCUGAACGAAAAGACCCCCAAUGUUCUCCGGCGCGCCCAGAGAGAACCAGAUUCCAAAAUCUGGGACGAUAUCAUGGAAAUUGUUCGAACGGAGCCUGGUCUAGAGUUCUGGAAGAACAUGUCUCUACAGGAACUAGGCGCCAAAGGCAAACGAGGAAAGGGACUCCGUCUUGUCUUACCGAGUGGUCACGAGGAUCUGGUCUCCGGCGAAGAAAGCGACGAUGAGAAAUCAGAGUCUGAACCAGAGAAGGAAGAUAAGGAUGAGGAAGAUGAACAUCAAGAAGUCCCAUAUGAUCAUGUGGAGCCUGUUACUGAUGUUGCACCUAACCCAUCUAAUGAGCAAGCAACUAUCAGGUCAUUUUCUGAUUCACGUGCUGCUGUGCCUACACAGGGUGUUCAGCUUAGACAGACAUUGGGGCUGUCCCAGGAUGCUAACCCCGUUGUACCUGCAUCUGAACCUAUUCCUUUUGCAGACAGGGAGAGCUCUUGUUUGAGGACCACCCGGCAAUUCCAUCCAUGCCCCCCUCUGGUGCCUCCCACCACUUCUCUCCAAACCCCAUCACAAUUCAUUACUCCGCCAACUGCCAUGACUCAGAGCACAGUGCCCAAGGUGGAAAAUGAUAUCAGUCCUAAUAUUGCAGAUGUGGUAUCCCAGCCACCCGCUCCAGAGUUCUCAAUAUUUGAUUUGACCAUCAGUCAGGCUCUGAAGCACGUGUUCCUGAAUCAAUGUGAAGCAGCCAGAAUCGUCGAUGUGUUUCUGGGCGCCGCAGCUCUAGAAAAACAGCCCGAAUACCUGCAUAUUCGCGAAUACUUGGCCGAUGGAGAAUUCAACCCUCGCCUGAUUACACUCAAGAACUCGGGGUUCUCCCAUCCUACGCCAUUCCCAACCGUGGAUCCCGACAACAAGAGUACUCAAUUCCGCCUGGUUGGAGACCAAAUGGGACUUGGCCAGAACUUCAAACUGCACGGCGUAAAUAACAGCUUGGAUCUGGAAACUGCUAUUAUUUCCCUCGGGAGAGUCUACCUUCAAGCCCGCCGUUUUGGCCUGAUAGAUUUGGUUUAUCGAGUUACAUUCAAGCUCCAAGUCGCCUGGAACUGUUACCCAGAACUAUACCAAUCCAAGCCCAUUCUCGGUGUUGCUUCCCUUGCCUUUGCCGGCCGCACCGACUUUGAUGAGGAUGGCUGCGAUUACCUCCAGGCCUGGCUCAUCCACUUCAUUGCCGAAGCUUCCGAUUUGCUCAUAUACAGCGCCAAUGACCAGUUCUGGGGAUUGCUAAGAGCCCAUCCAAAGCUUCAAGACAAAGUUCUCAAUCUUCGCACCGUGGCUCACAUCAAUAACCCUGAAUUGUAUGGCAAUACCAUUAUACUCCUUGAGAGCCGCGGUCUGGGAAACUUGUAA